AUGGAUGUCAACAAUGCUUUCCUUAAUGGGGCCUUAUCUGAGGAAGUCUAUAUGCGGACCCCUAGUUUUCUCUCCCUCAUCUCAGAAAGUGUGUCUCCUUUAUCGAGCAUUGUAUGGUUUGAAGCAAGCUUCGCGGGCCUGAUUAUUUCUGAUCUACAACACUACCUUGGCGAGCACUUUGAGAUGAAAGAUUUGGGAUCCCUUAGUUAUUUUCUUGGUCUUAAAGUAUUAAUGAGCUCUGUUGGUUACUCAUUGUCACAAGCGAAAUAUGCUUCAGACUUAUUGGUGCACUCCAGGAUCAUUGACUCUACUACAACCCCAACACCAUUCGACCGUUACUAUUUCUAUCUCCGUGACUCUCUUAUUUCUUGGCAGAAUAAGAAACAGGGUGUUGUCUCUCGUUCCAAUAUAAAGUCUGAAUAUCAUGCCGUGGAUGAUUCCACGUUAGAGUUAUUAUGGCUUCAUUGGCUGCUUGCUGAUAUCGGAGUUCCUCAGCCGUCUGCCACUAUCUUUCAUUGUGACAAUCGUAAUGCCAUCUAA